AUGAUGCACAUGACGUUCUACUGGGGAAGAAGGGUCACUGUCCUGUUCGAUUGGUGGCGGACGGAGACGUGGACGGGGUACGCCCUCACCAUCGUCGUCGUCCUCCUCGCCGCCGCCUUCUACCAGUACUUGGAGGAUCGCCGGCUUCGCUUGAGGGACCUUUGCCUCCUCAAACCCUCGCCUAUCCCCAGCUCUGCGCACGCGCCGCUCCUCGGCAUCUCCCCCGCUCGGCGCUCCGCCGCAGCGAGGGUCGCCGUGGCGGCGCUCUUUGGGGUCAACUCGGCGAUAGGCUACAUGCUGAUGCUUGUCGUCAUGUCGUUCAACGGCGGGGUAUUCAUCGCCGUUGUGGUGGGCCUGGCCACCGGGUACCUCGCCUUCCGGAGUGGCGGCGAGGAGGAUUUCACCGCCGUCGAGAACCCCUGUGCCUGCGCAUGA